GACACGCCUCUGAGGCCACGCCCCCAUCUGUUUUCAUGUGCGGUUUCCUCCCGGAGCUCCGAGUCCCGCCUCCGUUUUUAACGCUCCAACCGGAUGUUUUUUGUGCGUUUUUAUUGUUGUUGUGUAGCCUGAUGUAUUUCACCAAGGGGUGAAGCGGGAGGAAAGGUUUUCUAUCUCCGCCGAUGGACGCGUGGAGCUGGGCGUGUGGACGGCAGUGAUUCCCCUGGGCACCUGGAAGAGCGAGGGUGGUGUAGCAUGUCCAGGUGUUGAGGGUUCCUCCACCACCACCAUGCUGAAACGGCUGGAUAAGAAGAUCCGGUUCCGGGGCCACCGGAGGGACGACUCCCUGGACCUGGACCUGGACCAGUCCCCCCUGGACCAGUCCCCCAGCACCUCGGACAACGAGUGUGGGGACGACCCGGCACGGACCGGCUCCCCCACCCGGGACCCUGAGGACCUGCUGGACUCAGACACGCCCCCCCUGACCGACGCCCAGGCUGGUGCUGGUGCGAUGGCCGCAGAGGUCCAGGACUUCCAUAGGUUGGAGGCUGACCGCCUCACAGAAGUCAAGGGUCACCUGGAGAUAGCCCUGCUGGAGAAGCACUUCCUGGAGGAGGAGUUGAGGAGGCUGAGGGAGGAGGCGGGUGUGGAGGCGCUGAAGCAGGAGGUGGAGAAGGAGCGCUGCAAGAGGCUGGACGUCGAGACCAGACUAAACCAGCUCAUCAAGACCAGAUCUGAGGACCCUCCCCCUCCUCUGCUCCCUAAUGCCACGCCCCCCCAAGCUGACGGAACAGAGCCUCAGAGGGAGACAGUUUUUUCCCGCCUCCGGAGGUCCUGGUCUGAGCGAGUCUCCUCCCACCUCGAGGACUUCCACUUCCAGCCAGAGGAGGUCGUCACGGAAACGGAGGAGCCACUCAGCGCCAAGAGGCUGACGGAAAACAUGAGGCGACUAAAGCGCGGCCUGAAGCCAGUCACCAACUUCAAGAGGAACCUGGCGGCUCUGAGCAGCUGGUUCAGCGUCUACACCUCGGGCAUCGCCUUCAUCGUCUAUAUGAAUGCAGCGUGGUAUGGGUGGGUCAUCCCAGUGUUCCUCUUCCUCGCCAUCCUCAGACUCUCCCUCAACUUCCUCAUCUCAAGAGGCUGGCGGAUUCAGUGGAGUAUCGUUCCUCAAGUGUCAGACUCACUGGACCCUCCUAAAGAUGACCUCACCGUCUCUGAGAAGUUCCAGCUGGUCCUGGAUGUAGCUCAGAAAGCACAGAACCUGUUUGGGAAGAUGGCUGACAUCCUGGAGAAGAUAAAGAAUCUGUUCAUGUGGGUACAGCCUCAGAUGACCCAGAAGCUUUACGUCGGUCUGUGGCUGGCCUUCAUCUCCUCCUGCCUGCUGCCCUACGACCUGCUGGGCUUCACCAUAGGUCUGUACGCUGGCAUUAAGUUCUUCAUCAUCGACUUCCUCUACAAGAGCUGUCCCAAGCUGAGGGCCAAGUACGACACGCCCUACAUCAUCUGGACCAGCCUGCCCACCGACCCCCAGCUCAAGGAUAGGGGAGCCCCCCCCCUUCACCGACGGACGCCUUCCACAGCCUCCCGCAGUUACCGAGCAACCAGCCCGCCCCCGGGGCCGGGUAGGGAGGAGGAGGGCGGGCGGAACAACUCCAAGAAAGGAGCGUUCCAUGAAGUGUUCAACCUUGACGAGAAGGAGCGCCCCCUAGCAGUGUGUGAGAACGGCUGGAGGUGUUGUUUGAUCAACAGAGAUCGUAAAACACCGUCUGACUACAUCCGCAACGGAGUCCUGUACGUCACAGAGAAUUUUCUAUGUUUUGAGAGCUCUAGCUCGAGGUCCAGUGCCUAUAAGAAGAACAAGGUCAUCGCUCUGCUGGACAUCACCGACAUCCAGAAGUACAAAGUUCUGUCUGUGCUGCCCGGGUCUGGGAUGGGCAUCUCCAUAGCAACGCCCUCCACUCAGAAGCCUAUGGUGUUUGGUGCUAUGAUCCACAGAGACGAGGCGUUUGAGGCCAUUUUCUCUCAGUACAGCAAGACUUUGACCGCGACCUCCGACCCCUAGGACCUCCCCCCCUCCUUCAUUGUGUCUUUUAUCUCGUCUUUCACUGCUGGACACCAGCUCAUUGACACACACACACACACACACACAGACUCACACACACACAGCCAGGGGAAGUGUUAUUUCAUAAAGUGUUUGUGAGCUAGUUAGCAGCUAACUAGCUUAGCUUCCAGUUGUUGGACCACACUGAACAGUUUGACCUAAAUCCUCUUUAAUAAUCUGAAUGUUGGUGUAAAGCACAGAAUAUCAUGUUGGUCUUUUAUCGUCAAAUCUCUCAGCCUCUGCACUUAUUUGUGAGGUUUUGUACUAAUCCUGUUGAAUCAUUUCCUUGAGGUUGUAGGUUUGAUUCCAUGUGGGUUAGGUUAGGUCAGGGGCCAAUUUUUAGACACAGAAUCCGAUAUUUAUAAGUCCCUGGUCAAAAAGUCCAAACGUUGAGAGUGAAUGCUUAAGUCAGAUGGAUGAAGAAACCUGUGAUUUGAUGAUGGAGUGCGUCAGUACUUCCUGUCAGAAGCUCAGGGUUCACUGGGUAGGCAGGGGGAGGGGGGGAGGCGUUUGAUUGACAUCUGCCAGACACGUCACACGGAUCGGUUUAACCUAGUGAAGCUAGUCUACCACCCAAUUAAUAAUGACAGACAGACAGACAGAUAGGCCGACGUACAGACAGACAGACAGACAGACAGACAGACAGACAGACAGACAGACAGACAGACAGACAGACGUACAGACAUAUAGACAGACAGACUCCUCUAAAUUAAGAGAUAAGAGUGACAGCUGUGUUUAUCCUGCCAUGACUCCUCUGUGAACAGUCUGCCAUUUUGUAUCACUUUGACUGCUCACACUGGACACCAACAUUACUGAAACAGACCCAAACAGAAGCAGAUCAUAGAUUUGGUCGACCAGGGACUCAAACUCGCACCCCGACUCUGACUCGAGUGAAGCUGUGACUCAUGACAUUGAGUUCAAAACAGCUGAGUCCAAUCUCCAGUAACGAGCUCACUGAACCUCAGAGGUUCAUCCUGGAGACCGGGGGUCACAAUGGUCUCUGAAGGCCUUCGUCUGUCUCCCUCCAUGUCCUUCCUAUUUCAGUCCUCUCAUUGGUGGAAACCUAAGGGGUUAAUUAGCACUGUGUCACCAUGGUGAUGACGGUACUCUCGACGGUACGCUCAGUGGUGACAGAGCCUUCCUGUCCUGACCUCAGUGAGGAGGACGUUACCGUGGUGACGGUCAUCGUUUAGUAGGUCAUCUUGACAUGGUGUCGUCACAGGGUGACGGUGUAUUUACAUGACUACAACUCCCAUGAUGCACUCUGAUGUACGAGUGCGAUACCUGCCUAGCCCGACAUGCCCUACAUGGGGGUUUUAUACUGCAUGGAUCAAAUGUCUUUCUGCAACUUAUUCUGCUGUUAAUAAGUAUUGAUUCUCUUAAUUUUUGUACAUUUUAUUAAACAUAUACAAAACAUA